AUGUCUCCGCCCGAGUCCUCGAGCCUUCCUCCCAACAAUUCUUCUGCCAACAACGACGAUGACCUAGCCCGACUUCCGGCCAAGAUGGACGACAGCCUGGGUAAAGGACCGGCCGCGAAGCCCGAGGAGACCGAGGUACAAGGAAUUAUAAACAAACCUGAGACCGCAGAGACAACACCCAACUCGCGCCCCGAUGACGACUUGCUCGACCUAACCGAUCCCACACCGACUCCUUCGACAGAUGAUCAAGAAGCCCCCAUACCCCCUCCUUCUCCCCCGAAAGCUGAUGCCGUUGCCGGUACUGAUACCAAAAGCGCACCCGUUACCGCCGAUGAGAUUCCCGACAUCAUGACCUCCUCCGUUGCUACCCUCCGACCCCCUCCUAACCGGAGGUCAACACCUACAAACCCCGGCCUCGCUCUGCUGGACCCACGACCAGACACAUACGUCGAUCCCACCCCGGCGACUCCUACAACUUCACAGCCCCUUUCGAGAGCACCCUCUUCUGCUUCCCGCCAUGGCCACUCCAGAACAACUUCAGAAGUAUCCCCCACGAGGUCAGACGCUGCAUACGAUGAAAGGCGGUAUCUCAGUGAAGAUGAGCAGGAGGGCGGCUCGCGCUCCGAGAUCCAGAGCAUCAUGGAGCAGUUUAGCGAGGCCGGCGGUGGUCCUGAUGCCGAGGAAGUCAUGAGUCCCAGGCUGGAAAUUACUUCUCCCCAUCUGACAAGUGCCGCGCAGCAUCCACCUAGGAAGUCGAGUCUCGAACCGCUGUCGUCGAGUUUAGCGAGCCAAUUCCAGGACUUGCAAGGCCUCCACAUCUCUGGGGAAUCUCCAGCCUCCAGCAUUCGCUCCAAGAAGCGCAUGUCCGACGACAGAGGGCCUCCUGUCCCGCCCAAGGACCUUCCUCGCGUACCCUCAACCACCCGUCUCCCUGAAGAGCCACCCUCGCAGUCCACCGCCACCGACUCCCCCAUGUCUCCGACCCUCUCUCUCCAUCGGCCUCCUCCCCCCGAACCGGAGCCCGAGCCCGCAUCCCAGUUCGAUUUCCACCGCUUCCUCGAGCAACUCAGGAACAAGAAGGCCGACCCCGUGGCUAGGUAUCUUAAGUCGUUCCUCUCCGAGUUUGGCAAGAGGCAGUGGAUGGUCCACGAGCAGGUCAAGAUUGUCAGCGACUUCCUCGCCUUCAUCGCGAAUAAGAUGGCUCAGUGCGAGGUCUGGCGCACCGUCUCCGACGGCGAGUUCGAUAAUGCCCGCGAGGGCAUGGAGAAGCUCGUCAUGAACCGUCUUUACACGCAGACUUUCUCGCCGGCCAUUCCCCCGCCGCAGCCCAUUCCUGGUGCUAAACCUAAGAGGCGCGGUGGGGAGCGUCCUAUGGGACCCGGGAGGCGUGGUCAGCACCAGGAAGAUGUGGAGAGGGAUGAGAUUUUGACGCAGAAGAUUAAUAUCUACGGGUGGGUGCGCGAGGAGCACCUUGAUAUUCCGCCCGUGGGUGAUAACGGCAGGAGAUUCUUGAGGCUUGCUCAGCAGGGGCUGCUCAAGAAUGCCAAGUCAGAUACUUCGGCGGAUUCGUUCAUGCCUCUUCUAAUCUACGUUGUUCUUCAAGCAAAUCCUGAGCAUCUCGUCUCGAAUGUGCAAUACAUUCUUCGAUUCCGAAACCAGGAGAAGCUGGCUGGUGAGGCUGGUUACUACCUCUCAUCGUUGAUGGGUGCCAUUCAGUUCGUCGAAAACAUGGACCGUACGACACUAACCAUCACGGAUGACGAGUUUGAGAGGAACGUAGAGGCGGCUGUCUCCGCCAUUGCGGAAAAGCACCGCCCGCAGUCUCCCACUUCCCCCAAGGCAGGCCCUUCACAGUUCUCGGAGAAGAACCCAAGCACGCUUCAGCCGCCCCAAGCCGGAGAAUCAUCCACCCGCCGACCCUUGGACGAACCCACCACCCCACGCCGCUCCAUUUCGUCCAACGAGGCCGCUGCCGACUCCUCGGGAGGAGAGGACCAGGCAGCCAUCACGGGGCUUCUUCGCACCAUCCAGAAGCCCCUCUCCACCUUUGGACGAAUCUUCUCCGACGAGUCGACGCCGGCUUCCUCUGUUCCUAACAGCGCACCCCGUACUCCCGCACCACCACCGCUUAGCACUUCACCUCGCCCUAGCGGAGACUACCCACCACGGAGAAACAACGCCCAAGCUCUCGCUCCAGCUCCAGCCAUCGAGCAAGAAGGUGCUGCUGCUGUUCCUCCAAAGCCCCCUCCGAGACCACCAAGAUCACAUCUCUCGGCAGAGGAGGCGGCAGCGAGGCAGGCGAGUGCAGAGGCGGAGGAGGCACAAAGGCUGCAUCGCGCUGAACAUACCAACGUCGUGGAGACUCUGGCCGGUAUGUUUCCAGAUCUGGAUCGGGAAAUUAUUAGCGAUGUGGUGUAUCAGAAGCAGGGGAGGGUUGGGUUGGCAGUUGAUGCCUGUCUUGCGUUGUCGACGUGA